AUGGAUGAGCAACCAAUGACGGCGUUUCCGCUGUUUUCUCAAUUUCCUGUGGACAUUAGGCGCAGGAUAUGGCUUGCCACGCUCGGGCCGAUGACACUCACAUUUGACAAAGGACUGCCCCCACGCGAAGACGAGGAGCUCCCCGAAGACCUUCCAGAGGACAUGUCAUGGUGCACUCCAGAGGAAGUGGCAUACUACACUACUCCACCACUGUUUUCCAACUUUCGCCGGUACUAUGGCUAUGUUAAGCUAUCCGACGGAAGCUCUUGCUUACACUUUGUGGUCAAGGCAUCUGCAGCCUACCGGGCGUGCAAGGAGUCGCGAGAAUUCUUGAAAUUCAUAUUUGCAGAACCAGUGAAGCCAGGAGGAGGCUUGCCAAGCUGGUUCCGCUUCGACAUUGACACCAUUCGAUUCACAGAUGAGCUCCUCUACAUCGUCGCCCGCCAUCCUUGGUUCACCCAAACACAACAUCUUCAUGUUGUCAUAGAAUAUGAAAUACAUGGAUACACCGGAUUCUACACAGAAGAGUACAUGGAAGACAAGGACCAUUUUUGGAUAGAAAAGAACCUGCCAUCACUGAAGGACAUCACUUUCGAGAUGGCGUAUGCCCGCCGUAGUGACUUUGACCACGCAGUUCGCGAAGUCUGCGCGGAUUGGUUUCGAGUUUUUCAGCAAUGGUACAACUGGUCCGAGGUAGAAAAGCCUGCCCCUUAUUAUGCACGGGUCAUUAUUCUCGAGAAUGGUAUUACGGAGAGGGAGUGGUUGACGCCAACCAACUACCUUCGCGUCGAAAAGAAGUUCCACCAGAAGCGCUUGCAGGCGUAUUUUCCUGGUCCCAACUGGAAAGACCACAUUGUCGACCAAAGGACCAAAUCUAUUGUCGAGGCCACAGACGAAGAACUGGAGAACCCCACCGAUUUUUUUGCGAAACAUCGGCCGUUCUGGGACUAG